AUGGACGCGCACAAGUCGCCGCCCUUGCGGCCCGGUCUACAUCGACUUGCCGGGAUCGCGUUUGAUCGCUGUUCAAUGGACGUGCACAAAGACGCCGCCUCUGCCGACCCGGUCUACAUUAACUUGCCCGUCCGUGCCGGGUUACAACACCGGUGCCGAUUUUCCCCGUCCACACCGGCUUACAAUGUCGCGGCCGACUCAGCUAUCUGUGCUGCCUCUGAUGAUGCGGUCGUCUUUGCUAUCCAUCUCUCGCGGCCUGGCGUCCUCAACGAUCUCGUCACCGUCGUCCAGGGGAUACGACUAUACCUAGCCGGCUCCUACGGCCCGCCGCCGCCCUUGCCGCCGGCCGCCGCGACCGGGCCAGCCGCCCUGCCGUGGUAUUCGGCACCGCGGCGCCGACCGGGCCUCUACACCACCAUUGGCCGCUUCAGCCGCCGCACGCCGCCGCGCCCGCCGCAGUGGCCGGCGCCGGCCCUUGCCGCGUCACCCACGCCACCCAGGUCCUCGCCGCCACCGCCAUGGCAGCCCUCGCAGCCGCCGCACCCCGGGGCCACCGCGACGCUGGUCGGGCCGCUGCAGCCCCCGCUGCAGCUACAGCCAGCCAGCCCCCGCCACCGCCCCGAUCUGGCCACAAUGGCCGACCGCGGCCAUCUCCGCGCCCGCCGCCUCCGCCGUUUCAAACCAGCAGCUGCUGCCGCUGCCGGCGCCUCCACCGCCUAG